AUGGAUGAAAAUGAAAUAAUAAAUCAAAAAAGUGAUCAACGUACAGGACGUGGACCAGGUUUAGCAACAAAUACAGUAGAAAAAUUGAAUGAAACACCAACAGCACCAAAUGUUGUUACAAAUAGUUCCGGUCCUAAUGCUAUGCUUAUGGUUGGACCUAAUUUUCGUGUAGGAAAACGUAUAGGAGCUGGAAAUUUUGGAGAAAUUCGUUUAGGAAAAAAUUUGUAUAAUAAUGAACAUGUAGCAAUUAAAUUAGAACCUAUGAAAUCUCGUGCACCACAACUUCAUCUUGAAUAUCGAUUUUAUCGACAACUUGGAAAUUGUGAAGGAAUUCCACAAGUACAUUAUUUUGGACCAUGUGGAAAAUAUAAUGCUUUAGUUAUUGAAUUACUUGGACCAUCUCUUGAAGAUUUAUUUGAUAAUUGCGAUCGAAAAUUUUCACUUAAAACCGUCCUUAUGAUCGCUAUUCAAUUAAUUACACGUAUGGAAUAUGUUCAUUCAAAAAAUUUAAUUUAUCGAGAUGUUAAACCUGAAAAUUUUCUUAUUGGACGUUCAUCUACACGUAAACAACAUUUGAUACAUAUUAUUGAUUUUGGAUUAGCUAAAGAAUAUAUCGAUCCUGAUACCGGUCGACAUAUACCAUUUCGGGAACAUAAAAGUUUAACGGGUACAGCGAGAUAUAUGAGUAUUAAUACUCAUCUUGGAAAAGAACAAAGUCGUCGAGAUGAUUUAGAAGCAUUGGGGCAUAUGUUUAUGUAUUUUUUACGUGGUAGUUUACCGUGGCAAGGAUUAAAAGCUGAAACAUUGAAAGAACGUUAUCAAAAAAUAGGUGAUACUAAACGUGCAACUCAUAUUGAUGUAUUAUGUCAGAGUCAACCUGAAGAAUUUGCUAAAUAUUUAAAAUAUGUACGAAAUUUAGAUUUUUUUGAAACUCCUAAUUAUGAAUAUUUGAGAAAAUUAUUCAAAGAUUUAAUGGAUGCUAGAAAUUAUGCUUGUGAUUAUAAUUUUGAUUGGGUAGAAAAAAUGCAAAAAUUAACAAAUAAAGCUUCUGCUAAUAAUGCUCAAUAUCCAACAUCAACUCAACCGGAAACAUCCUCUAGUCCAGCAGCACGACAAUUAAAUAAAACGGGCAAAACUGGUUCAGGAUUUUUAAAUACUCAUCUUUCACCAUCAACACAACAAGUACAUGGAUCAUUACAGUUAAUAAGUUCACCUGAUGAAGAUACUGAUCGUGCUGAUCGAGAACAUGCACAUAUUAUUACAUCAUCAUCUCCAGCUAAUGUUGAUGUUAUUAGUGAUACAAAAUGUUGUUGUUUUUUUAAUCGUCGUACAAGACAACAGUUCAAUACAUCAUAUACGGCAUUGUUGUCAAAUCGGUUCUAUACCUUUAUAUCUACUCAUUAUCUUUUUCUUUUUGUACAGUGA